AUGACAACUGCGUUUGAUAGAGCUGCAAACAGAUUCCUGGCAAAGUUUACAGACGAGGAAGGAAAGAAGUAUUUUGGCCAACCGACUUCUAUAGACGAUAUCUGGGAUCUGUUAGCGGAUUUGCAAGCUAAACAGUCGUCCCGUGAAGGGUUGAAAAACAUGGCGCGCAUCGAGCCAUUUAUCAAUGGAAUGACUCAAUACUCAAAAGUGAUAGAGGUUUUUAUACAAGUAAAGCCUGAUAUCUUGGCUCUGAUCUGGGGCCCUCUGAAAUUGUUUCUUCAGCUGGCUAGUCAGUUCACUGAGAUCUUUGAGAAAGUACUGGAUGCGAUAAGUCGAAUAGGGGAGAAUCUUCCACGGCUCGGGAGGUUUUCUGCGGCAUUCUCGUUGAAUGAUCAGAUUCAGGAGGUCAUAAGCAUUGUAUAUGUAGAUAUCAUGGAUUUUUACAUAUGCGCCUGGAAGUUCUUCAACCGUAGAGGUGAGAUCAAAUCUGUCGAACCACAGACCUACCACAUGAAGAUUUGGAAAAUAACAUCCCAGUUACAUCUCACAGUAUGGAAUAUUAUAUUCCAUUUGACAUGGACUUCCUUUGAAGACCAGUUUGGUCCCAUCCUCAGAAACCUGCAAAGGCACCAAACUUUGGUGGACAAUGAAGCUCGUGCCGAAGAUAUCAUACAAUCACAGAAAGCCCGAGAAGAGGAACUAAAGCGGGCUGAGGAACGCCAACUAGAUGAUAUGCAUCGAAAGCUGAAGGAUAUCUUUGACUGGCUUGAGCCAGUCAACAUUGUGGAUCGUAGGGAGAAAUGUGGGCACAUGAAGCAAGAUGGUACCGGUAAAUGGCUCAUAGAAAGCAAAGAUAUAAAGGACUGGAUCACCGGGAAGGGGAAACAGUCGGUUUGGCUGACAGGGAAAACAGUUCUUUCGUAUACACUUUUAGAGCAGUUAGAGCUGGAGGUGGCAUCAAUAAACCCCUCUAGUUUAUUCCUUUAUUACUUCUGUAGCUACGAAGAAGCCGACUUGAUAACUUGCCUGAAUAUCCUUUCCACAUUGAUCUACCAGAUAGUCUCACAGAAGAAAGACCUCCUUGCAUACAUUUACCCAGAAAUUACGAAGAUCUUAUCGGUAUCAACGCUUCAAAAACUUUUGUACGAUCUGAUCGAAGCCUCUGUUCCUCCUUCUGGAUUUGUCUAUAUUAUUAUCGACGGGCUUGAUGAACUUCCAAAGACCGAACGUGAUAGGUUAUUGCGCAUUUUAGGGGUUCUCAGGCGAAAGCCAUUGAGUUUAGCUUCUAGGAUAUUUGUGGCAAGCCGGGACUUGACAGAAAUACAUGCUGUGUUACAGAAAGUGGAGAAGAAUAGACCCUCGGCCUUGGAGAUUUCGAUAAACGAAAACAACAAAUAUGAUAUAAAUCGAUAUAUCUUUUACGAGUCAUGGAAGUUGGUGGAAGAUUUUCCUUUCAAAGAAGAACAGCAGUUAUCUAUCCAGAGGGAAAUCGAAAAUAGUCUUUCUACACGGGCAGAUGGAAUGUUUCUCUGGGUUCAUCUUGUCAUCGAGGCUUUACGCUUACAAGACUCAAUUCAAGAAAUUCGCGAAGCCCUAGACAGUUAUCCGAAAGGAUUAAAUGAGGUAAUCAGACGUUUGGAUGAAAGGCAGAGAAGCAAGGCAAAAAAGACCUUGGAGUGGAUAACCUACACAUACCGCCCCUUGAGGAUUGAUGAGCUCGAGGAUGCUCUAUCAAUGGAACCUUUCUGUAUAACGUAUCAAUGUUUUCACUGCUUUAGGCUGGGUAUUUCCAGUGAUGAGGCUGUUAGAUUUUUACUUAACGGCGACUUGAGACUCUUUAAUUACGUUCAUUCGAACUGGUUCGAACAUAUCCAGGAAUUUUGCGGGUCCGGCCCCAGCAAAGAACAGAUCGAGACUCUGUCGACAUCGCUCAAAAUACUCUUCCGGAAGCAACCUGUCUAUAGGAACCCAUAUCAGACCUGUGUUGAAUCGAAAUCUAGGUCAAGCUCUGGCCUGAGUGAAAUUUCUGGAGCCAAGGAGUUUUCUUGUUUCGAGCCUGAUUUGAAAGCCAGCCUUACAGCUAUUCUAGAAUUUCGGGAAGGAUUCGAAAAGCGAAACCCGAAGUUGGGCCCUGGAGAAGAACUGUCCCGUUGGUGCGAUGAGAAUAAUCCGUUGACAUUUGCAAGGGGUGCCCGGAGACUUCAAGAUGUCCUUGAAGAGUUACUCAACGAGAAGCCACCUGAUCAUGCCAAGAUGGAAAAAGCCCGCAAAGCUUACGGAGAAAAUCUCUAUUUCUGCAGAUAUCGGUUCUGUCAGAAUUCCUCGAGUGAUGGAUUUUCGACCUCCAUGAGGAGAGGUUACAUAUCAAGCCGCACAGAUGUCUUAUUGAAGGUUGCACUCUCGCGACAGCUCGGCCAUUUACAUCCAAAGCCCUGCUCCGAAAACAUAUAA